AUGUACGCGCAGUUAUGCCGUCGAAUAUCGAAAGAAGGAUCAUCACUUGAAGAAACCGACAGUCGAUAUACUUUUGAGGCAUUAUUAAUUCGCGUUUGCCAGGACAAGUUUGUUAAUCGAUCACAAUACAGUCUAAAGAUAAUAAACUCGACAGCUGACAAUGAUAUCGAUGAUGAAGAACGACGUUACAUUGCAAAACAGAAAAUUCUCGGAAAUGUCAAAUUUAUUGGAGAACUUUUUAAGCUGGAAAUGCUUAAUGAAGCGACACUUCACAAAAUGCUUGAACAAUUGUUGGAUAAAAAAAGUAGACCCUAUCCAAAUUUGGACGACAGAUGCGAGGACAUGGAAUGCUUGUCGCAAAUUUUCCGUACAUGUGGCAGAAAUCUCGACACAGAGAAGUCCAAAAACUUGAUUGAUCAAUAUUUUGAUAAUAUGGAACAUAAAUCAAAUUCUUUCAAGUAUCCACCUCGCAUACGAUUCAUGUUAAGAGACAUCAUCGAACUGCGCAGAGACUGCUGGAAGCCUCGCAAAGUUGCUCGCAUUGAAGGUCCAGUACCAAUUCAAGAUUUGAGCACAGAUGAGGAAUACAUAAGGCAACAGCGUGACCUACGUACUCGCAAUAUGGAAUUUCCAUCAAACCGUAAUAGUGGCGAUCGUAAUUGGAUGGAUAAGUUGCCAUUGAGUUUGCAAUCGAUGAACAAUUAUCCCGGAACUUUGUCAAUGACCAGCUCUAGCUCAAUCAUUUCUGGACCGUUUAAUCCGAAUAGCUACAAUUCUGGACGCGAUUCGCUGAUGAGCAGUGGAGGGGGCUAUCGAAAUAACAAUAAUAAUAGCAACAACAACAACAACAACCACAACAACAAUAAAUAUGAUAAUGGUAACAAUUCGAACAAUCAUCACAACAAUGGAAGACCUAUGAAUAAAUACAAUAAUAAUGAUGGGGGCAAGAUGAAUCAUAACAAAUAUGAAAAGUAUGAUAAGUACGACAAGUAUGAUAAAUAUGAUAAGUUCGAUAAGAUGAAGCAUCGCCAGCAUGAUAAUUCGAAUAAUCAUGGCGGUAGUAGCGGUGGAGGACAUCAUAUGAGCAAUCAGAAUUCAUACAACAAAUAUGAUAACAACAAUAUGCUGAGUAAUAAGGAAUUGGCACCUCGUUUCAAACGUAAUCUUGUUACUACUACCACUACAAAUUCAGUUGAUGACUUACAAAUGCGUCCAGCACCCAACAGCUUAUUAUUCAAAGCAUCUAAUAUUAAGCCAAAUCCACAACAAUUGCCUUUAAAUCAACAGAAUCGUAGUACAACAUCAUCACCAGGAUUUUCGUCAUCAACUAACGUAGACAAUUUGAUUCCGCCAUUUAAUAGCACCAUGCAAGUAAACACAAUGAAUGGAAAGCAACAGCAGCAGCAGCAACAACAUCAUCACACAUCUUCGUCACAGCAAUACAAUCAAUCGUCAUUGCCACCACAACAAAAUCAACAGAUUAAUUACACUACUGCCGCAGCAUCGGCUGCUCAAAAACAAUCUUCAUCUAAUUCAUCGCAAAAUACAACUUCUUCUCAGCCACAAUCACCACAAAAUAAUCAGGCAAAAGAUCAACAACCUGUGACGAAACAAGGCUCAGUUGAGAAGCAAAAGACGAAAAAGGAUAAAGGUCCAAGUCGUGAUGAUGUUUUAAAGAAGGUCAUGCAGUUCAUCAAUGAUUCAUUAUUAGAGAAAAACUUCAUAGAUAAAAUGAAUGAAACUCGCAUUAAAGAUAAGAAUAUUGGUGAUGAAAAGGAACUUAUUACCGAUUCUCAUAACAACAAUAAUAAUGCUGAUAAUGGACAUGAAAAUGGAAAAGUUGAAAUAAUUGAAGAAUGCAAUGAUACCGCAUCAAACAAGGAGAGUGAUUCAUUGAAUGAUUCAAUCGUCGAAGAGGAAAUUUCUGUUCCAACAAUGGAAGACGUAGUCAAAUUAUAUUAUGAUCUAAAAGUGCCUGACAAAUUCCUCAAAGAUUCAAUCGUUAAAAUUCUCAAUGAAUCUCUCGACAAAGGCGAUCAAGCACAAGAAACAGUCAUUGAGUUUUUAAUUGCAAUGCAAAAAGAUAAAAAGCUAACAGCAAAUCAAACGCUCGAUGCUCUUCGUGGUGUAAUUAAUGGCAUGAAUGAACGAGAAAAAACAAUUCCGAAAAUAACAACUCUUGUGGCAUCAUUAUUGUCACGAGCAAUGUCUAAAAAAAUUUGCAAGUUGAUGGAUAUUGCAAAUUAUACAGAUAAUGGACAGCAUUACCCUCUUCUUUUGCUUGUAUUUCAACAACUACACAAGAAUAUUGGCGAAGAUGCGCUUGUUGAAAUGUUUAACAACAGCAAGAUCAAUUUAAUGUCAAAUUUACCGGAAUGCGAUCGCACAAAAGAUCGUUUAGCUGAAAUUCUUGACGACAGAAAGUUGAGCUUUUUACAGCCAUUGUUGCGAAUCGAAUCCGAAUUAUGGAGGCAAAUAAAAGAAGAUCCUCAACCUCAAACAUUCUAUAAAUGGAUAAAGGACAAUGUCAAUCCUGUUCGAUAUGUCGAUCCAGGCUUCAUUACAGCAUUAAUCUCUGUUCUCUUAAAAUAUGUUACUCAGGAAACUACUUUCCCAGAAAACAGCGAUCCCACAAAACUCCCAGAAAAGCCACAAGUUGAAGCUGAAAAGAAAUUGCUAGUUUCAUUUAGCCGAAUUCUGAAUGCAUUUUUAAAUGGAAACCUUGACUUGCAAUUAAUUGCAGUCUAUGCAUUACAAGUAUUCUGUUACAAUUCUCAGUUCCCUAAAGGCAUGCUGUUGAGAUGGUUCACAGCACUAUACGAACUUGAAAUCGUUGAAGAAGAUGCAUUCCUUAGAUGGAAAGAGGAUAUAACUGAUGACUAUCCAGGCAAAGGAAAAGCACUGUUUCAAGUUAACUCAUGGUUGACAUGGCUCCAAGAAGCAGAAUCAGAGGAGGAGGAUGACGAGUAA